GCCAUAGAAAGUAAGGAGCAUUGUGAAUUAGGAAUGGCGUGGCCCUGGUAGCCAGCAGAGGUGAUGGGCAUUAGGACCCUGUGGACAACAAAGUCAGCAUUUGUGGUGUCAGUGUCCAAGCUUAGAGCUGCAUCUGUCUGAGUCUGUCAUUCCAGUCAUCCUGUCUGGAGCAGCUGGGAACGUGAAAGGAAGGAAGAAAUUAUGGAAAAACGAAGACGGGAUGGUAGGAGAGGACCCAGGAGAGCAGGAAAAGUCUAGGGUGUGGUGCAUGAGGACCCCAAGCAGCCACCUGAGCAGUGCUGUCUUUGCUGGUCUCUACCUGUGGCCACUUAGGUGUUUGUGUGAACGUGGGCCCCUGUUUAUGCAUUCAGCAUAGCGGUAGCGCUUCCAGACUCAGCUCUGGGUUGCUAUGGGUCCUGUCCAUGCAAGUCUUUGGGUGGACCACCCCUCAGCCCCGAGGCAGGUGCUUUUCAGUUCUGAAGGCUUGGCGUCUGCCAACUCUUGUUUGCCUCUGAAUAAGCUUGGGUAAAGUCCCUAGGGGAAGAGAAAAGUUUUGGGAGUACUGGCCCCUGGCAACAGAAGCUGAGGGAAGGAAAGACAGAAGGGAAAGGAGAGGUGUCCGCACAUCACAGAGAUUGCCGCCCCCAGAAAGUGAAAGAGAUUGUAUAGAAGAAAGAAAUAAGAUAUAGCCCAGCUCCUAUUUCCUGGCUGUGCCGACUGUCAAAGGCACAGAAAAGGUGUUGGGAGGGGACACCCACUGACAUUUCCAGGUUCUCCUGUCCCAGGACAAGGAACAGCACUGAGGACACAUGGAAGCUCUCAGGCCCAUGGCGACCUGCCCUGUCCUACAGAAGGAGACGCUGUUCCGCACAGGAGUCUACGCUUACAGAAUCCCUGCCCUGCUCUAUCUGAAGAAGCAGAAGAGCCUGCUGGCCUUUGCGGAAAAGCGGGCGAGCAAGACGGACGAGCACGCAGAGUUGAUUGUUCUGCGAAGAGGAAGCUACAACGGAGCCACCAACCGCGUCAAGUGGCAACCUGAGGAAGUGGUGACACAAGCCCAGCUAGAGGGCCACCGCUCCAUGAAUCCAUGUCCCUUGUAUGACAAGCAAACAAAGACCCUCUUCCUUCUCUUCAUCGCUGUCCCUGGGCGUGUGUCAGAACAGCAUCAGCUCCAAACGAGGGUUAAUGUCACACGGCUAUGCCUUGUCAGCAGCACAGACCAUGGGAAGACCUGGAGCCCCGUCCAAGACCUCACAGACACCACCAUUGGCAGCACCCACCAGGAAUGGGCCACAUUUGCUGUGGGUCCUGGGCACUGUCUGCAGCUGCGGAACUCAGCUGGGAGCCUGCUGGUACCUGCUUAUGCCUAUCGGAAACUGCACCCUCACCAGCCACCUACCCCCUUUGCCUUCUGCUUCAUCAGCCUUGACCAUGGGCACACAUGGAAACUAGGCAACUUUGUGUCUGAGAACUCACUGGAAUGUCAGGUGGCUGAGGUUGGCACUGGAGCUCAGAGGGUGGUGUAUCUCAAUGCUAGGAGCUUCCUGGGAGCCAGGGUCCAGGCACAAAGUCCUAAUGAUGGUCUGGAUUUCCAGGACAACCAGGUAGUGAGUAAGCUUGUAGAGCCCCCCCAUGGGUGUCAUGGAAGUGUGGUCGCCUUCCACAACCCGAACUCUAAGCCAGAUGCCUCAGAAACAUGGCUGCUUUAUACCCACCCUACGGACUCCAGGAAUAGGACUAACCUGGGUGUGUACCUCAAUCAGAUGCCACUAGAUCCCACAGCCUGGUCAGAACCCACCCUGCUGGCCAUGGGUAUCUGUGCUUACUCAGACUUACAGAACAUGGGGCGUGGCCCUGAUGGCUCCCCACAGUUUGGAUGUCUGUAUGAAUCAGAUAACUAUGAAGAGAUCAUUUUCCUCAUGUUCACCCUGAAGCAAGCUUUCCCCGCUGUGUUUGAUGCCCAGUGAUCUCACUGCAUGUGGUCCAAGGGGCUUCCUUGUGCUUCAAAAUACCCAUCUCUCUUUGCUUCCAGCAUCCUCUGGACUCUUGGGUCCCUUCCUUGGGAGGAUGCAGAGAGUUUGGUCUCUUGACUCUCCGCAGGCUUUAUUGUUUCAGCCUCUGCAGUGGGUUCUCUUUUCAGCCCAGAAAUCAAAGGAGCCUAGCUUUCCCUCAGCCUGUUGGCAGGGAAGGUGGGGACAGUAUAUAUAGAGGCUGCCAUUCUGCAUGUCGGCUGUCACUAUGCUUGUUAGCCUAACCUGCCUGUUUCCCGCACCUAGUUUUUGGAUGAGUAUUAAUAAAUUAUCCAACCCAGC